UACGAACUGCCGAAAAUGUACCGGGAAUUUGUUAAAAACAUAAUAAUGUUCAUAACACAUGAAAAAAUAUCAACACGCACUUAAAAACUUGCUCUUAUAAACAAAUUGUUGGGAUUAUAAAAUAAAAAUAAAAAUAAAACUUUACAGGAAGGAAAAGAGUCACAAUGGGAUAUUUUUCUCGGACACUGCGACUGGCACACAACAUUGCCCCCCCAAAUUCUACCACAUUAUUGUCCUCUUUCCUGAAGAGUGAACCUUCCUCUGGAUUUUUGAUUCGAACAAGUCGAUACUUUUUUGCGUCCGACUCCUCGUCAGUUACACCCUUGCCAAAGGAGGAAUUUGAUAAGAUGACCAAGAACAGCAAAGUGGUUGUAUUUAUGAAAGGAGUUCCUGAAGAGCCAAAGUGUGGGUUUAGUAACGCUGUUGUUCAAAUUUUUCGAAUGCACGGCGUAGAAAAGUAUGAUUCAUAUGAUGUCCUUAAAGAUGAAAGAAUUAGACAAGGUAUAAAGGAGUACACCAAUUGGCCGACCAUUCCCCAGAUAUUCAUAAAUGGCGAAUUUGUGGGUGGAUGUGAUAUUAUGAUUCAGAUGCAUCAAAAUGGAGACCUGGUGAAGGUAAUGGAAAAGGCUGGAAUCAAAUCUGCGUUGAAAGAAGAUGAUGGUGCAACCUCUGUCAAGACUAAAGAUAACAAAUGAUUCAACUUUUAACAUAUUUCUAGUCGUAAAUAUAAAUUUAUUGUUUACGAUAUUUAAAAUCUGAAAAGUAAAUUUAUCGUGUACAACAAAUUCUCAACAAAUAACUGACUAAAAUGAACAAAGAAAAGUACUAGAUAUUAUUAAGAAUCAUUAAUAAUAAAAAUAAAAACAAAAGUAGUAGUAAUGGA